AUGCUUUCAACAGAAUUUGAGAUCAAGGAUCUUGGAACUCUCAGAUACUUUCUGGGAAAGGAGGUAGCUCGGUCUAAAGAGGGAAUUGUCAUAUCCCAACGGAAGUACAUUCUAGACUUGCUUAAUGAAACAGGCAUGCUUGGGUGCAAACCUGCUAACACGCCCAUGGACUCCAACAAGAAGCUUAAUACAACUGAGGAAAGUGUUCCAGUUGACAAAGGAAGAUAUCAGAGACUUGUAGGUAAGCUCAUCUACCUAUCACACACAAGACCAGACAUUGCAUAUUCUGUCGGCAUUGUGAGCCAGCACAUGAACAAUCCAAGUGAGGAUCACUUAGAAGCAGUGAAUAGAAUUCUGAGAUACUUGAAGACAACUCUGGGACAUGGUUUAUUUUUCAAGAAGUCUGAAAAUCGGGAUGUAGUUCUCUACACAGAUGCUAGUUGGGCAGGAGAAUUGACUAACAGGAGGUCUACAACUGGCUACUGCUCAUAUGUCUGGGGCAAUCUCGUCACAUGGAGAAGUAAGAAGCAAGCCGUGGUCUCUAGAAGCAGUGCAGAAUCUGAAUAUCGUGCUCUCACAUUGGGAAUUUGUGAGGGAAUGUGGCUUCAGCGGUUGUUAAGGAAACUCAAAGUUGAGACCAAAGACAUGAUCAAGAUGAUGAGUGAUAGCCAAGCAGCCAUUAGUAUUACCAAGAAUCCCAUUCACCGUGACAUAACGAAGCAUAUUGAAAUUGAUACACUUUUAUCUCUGAAAAGGUCAACAAUGGUAUCGUGGAACUAA